GAAUUCAGCAUACAAUUAAAAUAAAAUGACCUCCUGGAGUGAUCGAUUACAGAAUGCAGCAGAUAUGCCUGCCAACAUGGAUAAGCAUGCCUUGAAAAAGUAUCGGCGAGAAGCCUUUCAUCGGGUGUUUGUGAACCGAAGUUUAGCCAUGGAAAAAAUAAAGUGUUUUGGUUUUGAUAUGGAUUAUACACUUGCUGUGUACAAGUCCCCGGAGUAUGAGUCCCUUGGCUUUGAGCUUACUGUGGAGAGGUUAGUUUCUAUUGGCUAUCCUCAGGAGCUGCUCAGCUUUGCUUAUGAUUCUACAUUCCCUACCAGGGGACUUGUCUUUGACACGCUAUAUGGAAAUCUUUUGAAAGUUGAUGCCUAUGGAAAUCUCUUGGUCUGUGCACAUGGAUUUAACUUCAUAAGGGGACCAGAAACUAGAGAGCAGUAUCCAAAUAAGUUUAUCCAACGAGACGACACUGAAAGAUUUUACAUUCUGAACACACUGUUCAACCUACCAGAGACCUACCUGUUGGCCUGCCUAGUAGAUUUUUUUACUAAUUGUCCCAGAUACACCAGCUGUGAAACAGGAUUUAAAGAUGGGGACCUCUUCAUGUCUUACCGGAGUAUGUUUCAGGAUGUAAGAGAUGCUGUUGACUGGGUUCAUUACAAGGGCUCCCUUAAGGAAAAGACAGUUGAAAAUCUUGAGAAGUAUGUAGUCAAAGAUGGAAAACUGCCUUUGCUUCUGAGCCGGAUGAAGGAAGUAGGGAAAGUAUUUCUUGCCACCAACAGUGACUAUAAAUAUACAGAUAAAAUUAUGACUUACCUGUUUGAUUUCCCACAUGGCCCCAAGCCUGGGAGCUCCCAUCGACCAUGGCAGUCCUACUUUGACCUGAUCUUGGUGGAUGCACGGAAACCACUCUUUUUUGGAGAAGGCACUGUACUGCGUCAGGUGGAUACUAAAACUGGCAAGCUGAAAAUUGGUACCUACACAGGCCCCUUACAGCAUGGCAUUGUCUACUCAGGAGGUUCAUCCGAUACAAUCUGUGAUCUUUUGGGAGCCAAGGGCAAGGACAUUCUGUAUAUCGGAGAUCACAUUUUUGGGGACAUUUUAAAAUCAAAGAAACGACAAGGGUGGCGAACUUUCUUGGUGAUUCCUGAACUUGCACAAGAGCUGCAUGUCUGGACUGAUAAGAGUUCACUUUUCGAAGAACUUCAGAGCUUGGAUGUUUUCUUGGCUGAACUCUACAAGCACCUUGACAGCAGCAGCAAUGAGCGCCCAGACAUUAGCUCCAUCCAGAGACGUAUUAAGAAAGUAACUCACGACAUGGACAUGUGCUAUGGGAUGAUGGGAAGCCUGUUUCGCAGUGGCUCCCGGCAGACCCUCUUUGCUAGUCAGGUGAUGCGCUAUGCUGAUCUCUAUGCAGCAUCCUUCAUCAAUUUGCUAUAUUACCCAUUCAGCUACCUCUUCAGAGCUGCCCACGUCUUGAUGCCUCAUGAAUCAACAGUGGAGCACACACAUGUAGACAUCAAUGAGAUGGAGUCCCCACUUGCCACCCGGAACCGCACGUCAGUGGAUUUCAAAGAUACCGACUAUAAGCGGCAUCAGUUGACACGGUCAAUUAGCGAGAUUAAACCUCCCAACCUCUUCCCACUGGCCCCCCAAGAAAUUACACACUGCCAUGAUGAAGAUGAUGAUGAGGAGGAGGAAGAAGAAGAAUAAGGAGGAAAACCAAAACUCUGAGCACCCAUUAAACAAGUUUAGAGGACUCACAGGAGAAAAGGAUGUUCCUAUUUGGGUUCUGGUCGGGGGAGGGGAGCUCCCUCAAAGGUAGAUCUGGAAAAUUUCUGAAGACUUGAAAAUAUUCUAAUCAUAGGGAGAUACUUUUGUUUUAGUUUGUGUGUCUGUACUCUUUGCAGAUGGUUCAAAAUAGUAAUGGAGAAUGUAUUGGAAGAAAGUAAGGGUAAACCCAGGCUGAAUUGCAUGCAGAUGGCUCCAUCGUGGCUUGUGACACUGUUUCCUUGUCUUGUUUCAUCAUCAUUAUGUUGUAGUGUAUCUGGAUACACUAAGGGUGGUGCAGGGUCUCAGAGAAAAGGAGGAUGGGAACAGGUGAUCCAAAAAUACUGUUAUGUUACAAAUUGUGCUUUUACUCCAAAAUUCAUCUUUUUCAGUACAUUACACAGUAUUGUAUAUCUGUGGUGAAAUAUAUUGUUUCCAUUAUCAUAUGUAGUUUUCUGUUAAGGUCAAGGUUCCUUUUACAAGCCUUGAAGUGUCCUCAGUAACUCUGGUAAGGCUGCUGUCUGUCAUUGGCUUUGCAGAACUGUUCUCUGCUUGCUAUAGGGCUGGUCUGAAAUGGACUGCAACGAUUUCAUUUUGAGGCAAAAGUCUUCAUCCAUUUCUACAUUUUUUUGAUGGAUAGCAAAAAUGCUUAUGUUAUCCAAAAACAUUUUUUCGUCUGGGAUAAAUCUAUAGAAGAAUGUAGCUGAAAGAAGACAAGGGAGCAAGCCCCCUGAAAAGAAAAGGAGGAACCUUCUUAAAUUACAGCAGAAGUGACUAAAAUUCAUUAGUGUGGACUACGUAGUGUGGCUCAUGCUACCCCAUUCCAGCCUCCUCUAUCUUGUAGGGUUGAUUGCUGUAUUUCAGAGUGAGCAUUAGAGGAUGGGAAGAGGGCUCUGUAAGCCAGAACCUUACUAUAAAGCAAAGGGCACAAUCUGUGUGAAUAAAUUCACUUCAGAAUCCCAAGUGAAA